AUGGCUCGCUUUGAAGCCGAACUGUCCAGUCGCUACGGAGUGGGCUGUCCCGCGGGCCCGGGUAGAGGGGCAGCGAACCGGCAACCUGGCGGGCCACCUCCCAGUGGUCAGAGGAUGUACAAGCAGACAAUGGCUCAGAGGGCUCGGACCAUGGCCUUGUACAACCCCAUACCAGUCAAGCAGAACUGCCUCACAGUCAACCGCUCGCUCUUCAUCUUUAGCGAGGACAAUAUCAUACGCAAAUACGCCAAAAAGAUCACAGAAUGGCCUCCCUUUGAGUACAUGAUCCUGGCUACUAUCAUCGCAAACUGCAUCGUGCUGGCAUUGGAACAACAUCUACCGGCCUCAGACAAGACGCCAAUGUCAGAGCGAUUGGAUGACACGGAGCCCUACUUUAUUGGAAUAUUUUGUUUCGAGGCUGGUAUCAAGAUUAUCGCACUGGGCUUUGCGUUCCAUAAGGGCUCGUACCUGCGGAACGGUUGGAAUGUAAUGGACUUUGUGGUGGUUUUAACUGGGAUCUUGGCCACAGUGGGGGCAGACUUCGACCUGAGGACCCUGAGAGCAGUCCGGGUUCUACGGCCGCUCAAGCUGGUCUCUGGCAUUCCCAGUCUCCAGGUGGUUCUAAAGUCCAUUAUGAAGGCCAUGGUCCCCCUGCUGCAGAUCGGCCUGCUCCUGUUCUUUGCCAUCCUCAUGUUUGCCAUCAUCGGUCUGGACUUCUACAUGGGAAAGUUCCAUCGCACAUGCUUCAGGAUAGACACAAAUGAGCAGACUGAAGAUUUCCCCUGUGGCCUCGAGCUCCCAGCGAGGACCUGCUCGAAUGGGACGGUCUGCAGGGAGUACUGGAUCGGACCUAACUUUGGCAUCACCAACUUCGACAACAUCCUGUUUGCCAUACUCACCGUUUUCCAAUGCAUCACCAUGGAGGGAUGGGUGGAUAUCCUCUACAACGCCAACGAUGCCUCAGGGAACACAUGGAACUGGCUGUACUUCAUCCCCCUCAUCAUCAUCGGAUCCUUCUUCAUGUUGAACCUGGUCCUGGGAGUGCUCUCUGGAGAGUUUGCCAAAGAGAGGGAGCGAGUGGAGAAGAGGCAGGAGUUUCUGAAGCUCCGCAGACAGCAGCAGAUCGAAAGGGAGCUGACUGGAUACCUGGAGUGGAUCUGUAAAGCUGAGGAGGUAAUGCUUGCAGAAGAGGACAAGAACGCAGAGGAGAAGUCUCUGGAUGCAGCAUGGUACAAAAAGAAAGCCAGCAACUCAGUGCUCAAGCGCGCAAAGAAAAGCAAAAAUGAUCUGAUCAAUGCAGAGGAAGGAGAGGACCACUUCACUGACAUAUCAUCAGUUGCUCCUCAGGGCUCUCCGUUCGCCCGUGGCAGUGUAAAGAGUAAAAACGAGAACUCGUCGUACUUCAGGAGGAAAGAGAAGAGGAUCCGCUUCACCAUCCGCAGACUAGUCAAGUCCCAGAGCUUCUACUGGACCGUCCUGUGUCUGGUGGGACUCAACACGCUGUGUGUUGCUAUUGUCCAUUACGACCAGCCUGAGUGGCUCACCUAUGCACUAUACCUGGCUGAGUUUGUCUUUCUGGGGCUGUUUUUGGCCGAAAUGUCAAUGAAAAUGUAUGGACUUGGACCCCAGAAUUACUUCCACUCUUCAUUCAACUGUUUUGACUUUGGGGUGAUUAUUGGCAGUAUUUUUGAGGUGGUCUGGGCCGCCAUCAAACCAGGAGCGUCAUUUGGGAUCAGUGUGUUGCGGGCUCUGCGGCUGCUCAGGAUUUUCAAAGUUACCAAGUACUGGAACUCUCUGAGAAACCUGGUGGUGUCUCUGUUGAAUUCCAUGAAGUCCAUUAUCAGCUUGUUGUUCCUUCUCUUCCUCUUCAUUGUGGUCUUUGCUCUCCUGGGAAUGCAACUCUUUGGUGGACAGUUUAAUUUUGAAGAUGAAACGCCGACAACCAACUUUGACACCUUCCCAGCAGCAAUCCUCACCGUCUUCCAGAUCCUCACUGGCGAAGACUGGAACGCUGUCAUGUACCACGGCAUAGAAUCGCAGGGCGGGGUCCACGGGGGCAUGUUUUCCUCCAUUUAUUUCAUUGUUCUAACACUCUUUGGAAACUACACACUGUUAAAUGUCUUCUUGGCCAUUGCUGUUGAUAACUUGGCAAAUGCACAGGAGCUUACAAAGGAUGAAGAGGAGCAAGAGGAGGCCAUCAACAAGAAGCUGGCCUUGCAGAAAGCCAAAGAGGUGAAGGAGGUCAGCCCCAUGUCAGCCACCAACAUCUCCAUCACUGCUUUUCUAACACGCAGUCGAGGUAACGCGCACUCUAGCAGCUCAUCCCUCUGCAGCGUUAGCUCACUGAGUUAUGUCUGCACCCCAGUCCAUCACUACCUGAGUAAGGAGCAGCACAAGUCAAUGAAGACCAUGUCCGUGUGGGAGCAGAGAGCCAAUCAAAUGCGCCGCCACAACCGCGCCAGCUGCGAAGCCCUGUACGACGAACUGGAACCAGAGGACUUGCCCCGAAUCUGCCCGCUCCGAUCAGACAUGAAAACGCACCGUGAUAGGCCUCUUGUUGUAGAGCCCCGGGAUGGUCCCAUACUGACUGACCACGUAAACCUCGCCCAAAACAAGCCAGAGGGACCUGAAACUAAUACCGAACCUGCUGCCCCCAUGUGCCAUCAAACCCGCCGACACCACAGACACAAAAAUCGAAGAAAUAACGAAAACGGGGAGAGUGGCAAAGAGGGACGACACCACGUGCACCAUAGCCGUUCCAAGGAUCCAGACGGAAGUAGGAGCAAGGAGUGCAAAAACGACCGGUCCCGGAGCAGAGAGGGGGGUAGGAGGCAUCACCACCAAAGCUCGGUGGACGACAGCGCGGGGGUGACCAGUGAACGAGAACACAGACACCAUCACUCGCACAGGCAGAACAGGGAGGGGAACGGGACGGUGAGCACGGGAGGCAGGGGCGAGAGGAGGUCCAGGCACAAGGAUGGACGGAGCAAAGAGGGAGACAGGAGCUCGAGUGGAGCCAACGGAGAGAGGAGGAGGCACCGGACACACGGCUGCAGAGGACAGUCUACCAUGGAGGGGGAAGAGGCUAAUGAUCGGGAGAAGCCUCACAGUCAAAGGUUUGGUGACUCGGAGGGGGAGUCUCUUGCCAUCUCCCCUCAGAAGGGCAAUGAGUCCUGGCCUACGGACCAACCUGAGGACUCAGACAACCAGAGGAACGUGAGGAAAACCGAACCUGUCCCUCCUGUAACCAUCACCUGUCCACCCGGCGACACCACCAUCAUACAGAUGAACAGCAUUGACUCUGAGACGAUGCCAAUGACAGAGAAGAACCUGGAGGACCUGAAUCCCAGUGGACCAAGACCCAUCCUGCCGUACAGCUCCAUGUUUAUCUUUGGACAAUCUAAUCCUGUGAGGAGGCUGUGUCAUUACAUUGUCACUCUGCGAUAUUUCGAGAUGUCUAUUUUAGUGGUGAUUGCUAUGAGCAGCAUCGCUUUAGCUGCAGAGGACCCAGUGUGGACCAACGCACCUCGGAACAAUGUGUUAAAGUACCUGGACUAUGCCUUCACUGGAGUUUUCACUUUUGAAAUGGUUAUAAAGAUGGUAGACUUGGGUUUGCUUCUCCACCCUGGCUCCUACUUUCGAGACCUGUGGAACAUUCUGGACUUCAUAGUGGUCAGUGGGGCGCUGGUGGCUUUUGCAUUUUCGAGCUUCAUGGGAUCGCAACAAGGUGUGACCAGGGGGACCAAAGGCAAAGAUAUCAGCACCAUCAAAUCUCUUAGGGUCCUUCGGGUGCUGCGGCCACUCAAAACCAUCAAACGACUGCCCAAGCUCAAGGCUGUGUUCGACUGUGUGGUGAAUUCUCUGAAAAACGUGUUGAACAUCCUGAUUGUCUAUAUCCUCUUCAUGUUCAUUUUUGCCGUCAUUGCGGUGCAACUGUUCAAGGGGAAGUUUUUCUACUGCACAGACGAGUCCAAGGGGCUGGAGAAAGACUGCAAGGGACAAUUUCUUGACUAUGACAAAGACGAGGUGGCUGCCAUGCCCAGAGAGUGGAAAAAAUAUGAGUUUCACUAUGACAACGUGCUGUGGGCUUUCCUCACCCUCUUCACUGUAUCCACGGGGGAAGGCUGGCCAACCGUGUUGAAGCACUCAGUGGACGCUACAUUUGAAGACACAGGCCCCAGUCCCGGAUACAGGAUUGAAAUGUCCAUAUUUUAUGUUGUCUACUUUGUGGUUUUUCCUUUCUUCUUCGUCAACAUCUUCGUGGCUCUCAUCAUCAUCACAUUCCAGGAGCAGGGAGACAAGGCCCUAUCUGAGUGCAGCCUGGAGAAGAAUGAGCGGGCCUGUAUUGACUUUGCCAUCAAUGCCAAGCCUCUGACACGGUACAUGCCGGAGAACACCAGGUCCUUUCAGUAUCGCAUGUGGAAGUUUGUGGUCUCUGCUCCCUUUGAGUACUCCAUAAUGAUUAUGAUCGCUCUCAACACUAUUGUGCUCAUGAUGAAGUUUCACGGGGCCCCAGAUUUCUACGAAGCAAUGCUGAAGAACCUCAACAUCGUCUUCACCACUUUAUUCUCCUUGGAGUGUAUUCUUAAAAUCAUUGCAUUUGGCCCUCUAAACUACCUAAAAGAUGCCUGGAAUGUGUUUGACUUUGUGACUGUCCUCGGCAGCAUCACGGACAUCCUGGUCACUGAAAUCAAUACAACAGACAGACUUCUGAACCUGAGUUUCUUGAGGCUGUUCAGAGCGGCUCGUCUGAUCAAACUCCUGAGACAAGGCUACACCAUCAGGAUCCUGCUCUGGACCUUUGUGCAGUCCUUCAAGGCGCUGCCAUAUGUCUGCCUGCUGAUCGCAAUGCUGUUCUUCAUAUAUGCCAUUAUUGGGAUGCAGGUGUUUGGAAACAUCGAGCUGAACGAGGACACGGCCAUCAAUCAUCACAACAACUUCCGCACAUUCCUGCAGGCGCUCAUGCUGCUCUUCAGGAGUGCAACAGGAGAGGCAUGGCAUGAGAUCAUGUUGUCUUGUCUGAGUCACCGGCCGUGUGACGAGCGAUCGGGGACGCACGGCAAAGAGUGUGGCAGUGACUUCGCCUACUUCUACUUUGUCUCCUUUAUCUUUCUCUGCUCCUUUCUGAUGCUGAACCUGUUUGUGGCUGUUAUAAUGGAUAACUUUGAGUACCUGACCCGAGACUCCUCCAUCCUGGGUCCUCAUCACCUUGACGAGUUCAUUCGGGUUUGGGCAGAGUACGACCCAGCAGCGUGCGGACGGAUUUCCUAUAAGGAUAUGUACAAUUUGUUGCGCAUUAUCUCACCCCCCCUUGGCUUAGGGAAGAACUGCCCUAAUAGGGUAGCAUACAAGCGUCUUGUAAAAAUGAACAUGCCAAUCGCCGAUGACAACACUGUCCACUUCACGUCAACGCUAAUGGCUCUGAUACGCACCGCACUGGAGAUCAAGCUAGCAUCAGGCAUGGUCGCCCAGCGCCUGAGUGAUGCUGAGCUGAAGAAGGAGUUGUCCACUGUCUGGCCCAGCCUUUCCCAGAAAACCAUGGACCUCCUGGUUACACCACAUAAACCAAAUGAACUAACUGUGGGGAAGGUGUACGCAGCCUUGAUGAUUUUCGACUACUACAAGCAGAACCGCAUGAGGAGGCAUCUGCAUUCAAAGGACGACAGCGGACCGGGAUCCCAGUGCAAGCUCGGGGCUCUGUUUAAGCCAUUGCUGCCUCUGCCUCACAUGCAGGAGUUGCCUGCUAAAGACCUGCCCGUGAUGUUGAGGAGCACAGAGCCUCCCAGCAUGCUCCAGCCUCACAACAAGUCCAAGGCCCAGCACAAGAGUAGAGCAAACGCCAACUCACUCAACAACGGAGGAGCGGUAUCCAGUCAUGAGCAUGGCCUCAAAGCUUCUUCCUCCUGGGUGGCAGAGAAGCACAAGGACCCGCCCCGAAUCAAGACCAAAAAGUCACUCUCCCGGGACCAUUCAGAAGACACACCGGACAAUGCUGUUCAGGAGUCAGUGGAGAUGACGAAGAUGAUGACCAGUGCCAGCAGUACUUUACCGGUCCCAGGGUCAGGUCUGGAGAACCAGGGCCGAGCCGCCUCUAUGCCUCGGCUCAAUACAGAGCGGAGUCAGUCUCGCCUCUCUCCAGGAAACCACCUAAUUACUGUCCCUGAUGCCAGUCCCAUGCGGCGAUCUGCCUCCAGUGUUACCCCACAGCGCCCUCAAGAGGUCAACCUAAGGGACUACAGCCUGGAAAAGCCUAGUCAGGAGAGCAGACCGCAUCACCGCCACCACCAUCACCACUGCCACCACAGACGAGAGAGAGAAAGAGAGAGGGAGAGAGACAGGGAGAAGAGGCAGAGGUCUUUAGACACUCCUGUGGGAUCACAACCUCCUAUUACUGCUGGUGCCCCAGUGGAGCUCGCGUCUGAGCCUCCAGCCCACCGGGAGCGCCCUCACGACAGGGGCAGGUCUCACGAGAGGAGGCACCACCACUCGUCUGCGGAUAAACAGCGGUACUACUCAUGCGACCGCUACUGCAGCCGGGAACACUGCCACGCAAGCACUAAGUCUGCCAGCUGUGCCGCCUCCCCCAGCGAAGGCCAGGACACCAGCAACAAGCAGGGCAGUGGUUGGGUUAGCUCCUCUUGUAGCACUCCAAUCCGUGGCCGUCGGCAGCUCCCUCAGACACCCCUCACCCCUCGCCCUGGGGUGGCCUACAAGACUGCAAACUCCUCCCCAGUGCCCUUUGUGUCUAGCCAGGCCUCACUGAACCCGGGCCGCUUGUGUCGAGGCCUAUCAGAGCACGUCACUCUCCGGCAUAGUGGCUCUCACUACUUCCCCUGUCCCGUCACCAGGAUCUGCUCCGAGCCCUUUCUGGGAGGGGGUCACAAAGAGGUCAACCCGUACAGCAGCCUCCGCGAGCAGCUGGAUGUCUUCCCUUAUGCAGGACUCUCUCCUCGGACCGCCCUGCCUCCUCCCUCCUCCCCGCAGCACAGACUGGGGGUGCCUAAUGGGUACCACCUCAGCUUUGGGGGCAGAACCAGCCCCGGCAGUAGCCCUGGUGCCCCCCGGGUGGCCAGGUAUUAUGAAGAGGCUGACGAGGACGACUGGUGCUAGCAUGGCUUUAAAGCAACCUUUUUAAUGCA